CCGAGCGCUCCGAGGGGAACACUGACAUGUUGCAACGGGGAGAAGAUUCCCGUGAGCACAAGGGCAAAGGGUGUCCGGUUGCAAGCGCUGGGGCACCACCAUGGAGUACAUCAGCACACGGGGAGGCGCAGGGACCGUCGGCUUCGAGAGGACCCUCUUCUCCGGCUUCGCAUCCGAUGGGGGCCUCUUCAUGCCCAAGCACAUCCCCUCGCUGGAUCGGGACACCCUGCGGAGGUGGAGCAGCCUCUCCUACCCGGAGCUGGUGAAGGAGCUGUGCUCCCUCUUCAUCCCUGCCGACCUGGUCCCACGGAGCACGCUCAGUGAGCUGGUCGACAGGGCCUUCAGCAGGUUCAGACACAAGGAUGUCGUCCAUCUGUCCAGGCUGAAAGAAGGGCUGAACGUUUUGGAGCUCUGGCAUGGGGUUACUUAUGCAUUUAAGGACCUGUCCUUGUCCUGUACAGGGCAGCUUUUACAGUACUUCCUGGAGAAAAGGCAGAAGCACGUCACCAUUGUGGUGGGGACUUCAGGGGACACGGGUAGCUCAGCUAUUGAGAGUGUGAGAGGGCAGAAGAACAUGGACGUCUUUGUUCUGCUGCCCAAGGGGUUGUGCACCCAGAUACAAGAGCUCCAGAUGACCACCGUCAUUGAAGACAACAUCCACAUCUUUGCUGCUCAUGGGAACAGCGAUGAGAUUGAUGUGCCCAUCAAGGAACUGUUUGCUGAUGUUGAUUUUGCCCAAAAAUACAAUCUGAUGAGCUUGAAUUCAGUCAAUUGGUCCAGGAUCAUGGUGCAGAUCGCUCACCACUUCUAUGCUUACUUCCAAUGCGCCCCAUCCCUGGAUACCACCCCGCUACCAGUGGUGGAAAUUGUUGUGCCAACAGGAGGAGGAGGAAAUAUCACAGCUGGAUGUAUUGCCCAGAAAAUGGGUCUCCCAAUUCGCCUUGUUGCUGUGGUGAACACCAAUGACAUCUUUCACAGGACUGUCCAACAUGGAGAUUUCUCAGUGUCAGAGAGCGUGAAGCCUACCUUAGCAUCAGCCAUGGAUAUUCAGGAGCCUUACAACAUGGAAAGGGUCCUCUGGCUGCUCUCAGGCUCCAACAGCCACCUGAUAAAAACACUGAUGGAGCAAUUCAGCGCAUCGAAAAGCCUGAAGCUGCCGGAGGAUUUGCACAGGAAGCUCUCUGAGACCUUGCGCUCAUGCUCAGCCUCAGAUGAGGACAUCACACGAGCCAUGAAGCGCUGCUGGGAGGAGAAUCACUAUCAGCUGUGUCCUCACUCUGCUGUGGCUGCUCACUAUCACUACUCACAUCCAGACAGCACUCCCCGGUGUUGCUUAGCUCCAGCCUCCGCAGCCAAAUUCCAGGAUGCCCUGCUCCUAGCCGGCCUGGUUCCCCAGAUCCCCCCUGAAAUCACUGCCUUAACAGCGAUGGAGACCAGGUCUACCCCACUGCAGCGGGGACAGGACUGGGCACAGGCGCUCAGGGAGCGGAUUGAAGCUGCAGCAAAGCGGUGGGAUGCAGAGUGAUCAGUUGGGAUACCCAGGACAGCCGGAGAUCAUCAGGCGGGGGUCACACAGGCCUGAGAUACCAGGGCAUGGCCAAUGCCUCACAGGGCUCAUUUUCCAUUCCCAGGAGAGCCAUGCUUUAUGCUGAGCAGAGCCCACUCUCUAUGCAAUGAAUUAUUAGCAAGGACACACUUAAUUAUUGACUUAUAUAGACCAUUUCAUAACAUUUUCAGUAGAGUUCUGCAAUUGUAUCCACAUUUUCCUAGUAAUUCAUAAAAACUGAUAGAAACUGAAUAAACUCAGUUAUUCCAUCAUUACUGGCUACUACAGAAAGCUUCUUCAGUGCUACCCACAGUUGGCAGCUUCUUGAGUGUUAUCCAUGACCCCAUCCAUGCUGGGAUGUUCAAGGCCAGCAAUCCUAGCAGCACCAGGGAGUCUCAAUGGGAAAUGCAUGCAGACUUGGAGUGGAUCUGUUUUAUCCAUCCCUGUAAUUUAAGUAGUGGCAGAAGUCAUUCCCAGGCAUCAAUACUUGCUCAGUCUUAAAUACAAGAUGU